CAAUGCGCGUGCCGGCUCACGGCUGCUGUCAAGUGUGCGCUGACACGCUGUGUUGAAACUUGAAACUUCUUAGUCUAUGAACAACUGGUAUGGUGGACGAUUUACUAAAUUAACUUCGAAUUGUUUAGUGAAAUAGGCGGGAAUUUACAUUGUUUACAUUACAAUCUAUGCAAAAUGAGCGUGCAGGAAGAUGUGAUGAAAAUACAAAAGAAAUUAACUAAAAUGACAUCUGAUGAUGGCACGGGUCAGGAAGAAGCAUUAGAUCUUUUGAAAUCGUUGCAAACAAUGGCAAUUAAUUUGGAUGUCUUAACGAAAACACGCAUUGGAAUGACAGUGAAUGCUCUGCGCAAAUCAAGCAAAGAUGAAGAAGUAAUUUCUUUAUGCAAAACACUUAUUAAGAACUGGAAAAAGUUCCUUUCUACACCAAGCACUCCAUCAAAAGAUUCCAGCAGCUCAUCAAAACCAAAAAAAGAUUCAAAUAAGGAUAAGGAAAAAAAGGAUGAUAAAGAAAAAGAUAAGAAGUUGCCAGCAUCUUUUCCGCCACAAUCCAACACUACAGAUGCAGUCAGACUGAAGUGCAGAGAAUUACUCUCUCAGGCACUGAAAUGUGAUGAAAAUAUCUCAAACUCUUGCGGUUCACCUGAAGAGCUCGCUGAAGAACUUGAAGAAUGCAUUUAUGCUGAAUUUAAAAAUACUGAUAUGAGAUAUAAGAACAGAGUCCGAUCACGGGUAUCAAAUUUAAAAGAUCGUAAGAAUACAACACUACGGACCAAUUUCUUAAAUGGAGUUAUAUCAGCUGCUCGACUUGCAAAAAUGACACCAGAAGAAAUGGCCAGUGAUGAAAUGAAGAAAUUACGUGAGAAGUUUAUAAAAGAGGCCAUUGAUGAUGCUCAACUUGCAACAGUACAGGGUACCAAAACAGAAAUGUUAAAGUGUGGUAAAUGCAAGAAGAAGAAUUGCACAUAUAACCAGCUACAAACUAGAAGUUCCGAUGAACCAAUGACAACAUUUGUCCUCUGCAACGAGUGUGGCAAUCGCUGGAAGUUCUGUUAAGACUGUUUAUUGUAACACAUUUUGUGUAGGUUUUAUUAUGGUUGUAUCCCAGUGACAUUUAUUUAAAUGAUUAUUAUUACUGUAUAACCAUACUUCUGUCAUUGACAAUGGAUUUGUCUUUAGUAGUUAAGUAUUAAUUAGUUCAAUAAACUAAUUCUCUUAUAGUAAGUUGUUUGAAGUGUUUUAACUUUUAUCAGAAAAUUUGGUUUUUUAAUGAAAUAAAACAGUCAUCAUAGUACUAUAAUCAUAUAUUUGAACAUUUUAAAAUACAAAGGGAAUGUGUCCUUUAGGACCGAGUUACAUUUUAUAUUUGAAACUAUUUAGACACUUUCUUAUUUACACAUAGUAUGCUCUAAACAAUAAGGAUAACUAAAGGAAUAGUCUAUAUUGACAUCUAUAAUAUGUCAUCAUUUUAUUGUCUGCUUAGAGAUAAGGUGUGUUCCACUUGCUAUUAUAGUUCAUAACUACAUGUCUAGAGGUUUCUCAUAAUUCAUAAUUUUCUUGCUGUAUCUCGGCACAAUAUUCUAAGGUAAUAAAAUUGUAGUGACACAAUCAAUAUACAUAUAUUUUUGGCUUUCAUAUUUUGAUACUAGCAGAGUGCAACAAAAAAUUUGCGCUUUUGAAACUAAGAUAAUAUAAUAGCUCUAUAAAAUGAUGUUGGUCUAAUAUUGUAAUGGUCAUAGUGUAGACUGCUUAGUGAAGAUAACUUAAAUAAAUUAAAUUAAAAUAC